AGUGUGCCCACUUGCAGUAGCCACCCUCCCACAGGCGGGCAAUCACAGCUUGGCUUGGGGUGGUGGGAGUUUUAGAGAGGGGACGCCCGAGGAGGAAGUGAUAAAGGUGAUGUUGGCGAUUGAUGAGAGUGAGUACAGUCACUAUGCACUCAUGUGGGUUCUUGACAAUCUGAAGGAUUCUAUCAACAAGGGUCAGUUUAUUAUCUUCAUGGCGCAGCAGCCAACCAAUUAUAACUACACAUUCGCUUCAUCUCUUGGUUCUGCUCGCAUGUACUGCCCUACUGCGGCCAAUUUGGAUUUUGUGAACUCUACUCAAGAGAAUCAUAGGAAGCUUGCAUUGGCUUACUUGGAGAAAGCUAGGGACAUUUGUGCCAGUAAAGGGGUAACAGCAGAGUUGGUCACAGAGGUAGGGGAUACUAAAGCUGCUAUAUGUACUGCAGUUCAAAAACUCAAUAUCAAUCUGCUAAAGAACGUAGAGGAGGCGCAAACAAAGUGAAAGAAGCUAGAGAUGUGAGGUUGAUAAUGGCGCAAAUUCAGUUCAUGCAAAAGAAUGUAGAGGAGGCCUUGAAGAGUUAUGAAGAAUUGGAGAAAGAGGAUCCUAGUGAUUUCAGGCCUUACUCUUGUAAGGGAAUGAUAUAUAGUUUGCUUGAUGGAAAUGUCAGAGGCUAAAGAGCAAUAGAUAACUUUCACCCAAGAAAUUUGAGGUGGAGGGUUAUUCACUUAUUUGAGGACUAAUCAAGAAGAUGGUAAUUGAUUUGUUGUUUUGAGUUUUUGAAAA